AUGUCAGCCAACACCAGGGCGCACGUGGACCACGCCCACGACGUCCUACGCGGCAUCCGCCGUGUCAGAACGACGGUGCAGCUGCAGGAGGCCUACGAUGGAUUGCUAGCAUUUCUGAAGACAACACGACAGCAGGUGGAGACGCAGGCGGCGAACAGUGCUGCGGCCGGUAUCAAAGGCAGUGGCGGCAGCUCCAAAGUGUAUCUACAAGUGCCGUCAAACCCCCUGACCGAGGCUCAGGCGGCUAUGUCUCAGUUGAGGCAAGUUUCUCUCUUAUGUGGGGCCUUUUGUCGUCGGGUAGAGCACUUGCUUCGCACUACUUACACCUACGCUGACGUUGACGACGCCACCCAUCAUGGUCUCGCAACGGUGCAUGUGAGCACUUACAUGACCCAGCUCACCGAGGAACUGCAGCGCUUCAACACCCCAGCUGUUAAUCGUUUUUUGGCGGCGGCGAGCGAGACGAGCGCAGCGUCGACGUCGCCCUGGCCUGUCUCCCCAGUGGACUGCGUUCUGUCCUACGGUAUCGGCGAUCUUUUCGACUACCGCUUGUGCCGUCGCAAGCGUGCACAGACGUAUCUUCAGUAUCUGCUGGCACAGCCCCAGUGGAGCGCUGCCGCCAUAACCCAAGUUAUCGUCUCUUUGAACGAAACACUCUCCACACCUGCAGACCCCUUUUCGGUGUGCACGGGCGACGAGGGGGUGGAGGCAACGCUCUUCGUGACGCCCCUGCGCGACCCCAUUUCGCAAACUGUUAUUCGAAUACCAGCGCGAGGGGAGACAUGUGUGCACCUGGAGUUGUUCGACGUGGAGAGCUUCGUACAGGCCACGCAGCAGCGCUCCUUCAGCACGAUGGACGUUGGCGCCCCGUGUCCCCUCUGCUCACGAACGGUCCACCUGUCGUCCAUACGCGUAGACACGCAGGCCUUGGAGGCGAUGCGUAGCUAUGAAAGAGCAGCUGCCGCCACAGCUGUGUCGUCCACCUCGUCGGCCGCGCCGUCACCCCUCACUGCUGAAUGUGCCCUGGAGUGGAAUACAGAUACUCGCACAGUCAGAGUGGUGCGUGGCGGGCGCGGCGCAUCGACUGGGGCAAGUGCAAUAGGCGAAGAUCAGGAGGAGCCUGCAACACCGUUGCAAGGUGCACGAGACGAUGCACCAGAGGUGGUUAUGAAAAGGCGGCGAAUCGAAAUUGGCGGCCAUGUGCUGUACGCAGACUAG